AUGAGUAAACGAUAUGAUCUAGAAAAUCCUAAGGAUUUGGAAGAAGUACAUCGCCUUCUUCUCGACGACGAGGUAUCCAUUGAAGAUGAAGAUGAUCCUGCAGAAACUGAUUCAGAAACCGAAGAUAUACUCGAAACACGAUCUGUAGACUCAGACACAGAUCAUGAAUUUGAUGAAGAGGAAAAUAAUGAAGCGCAGGAAACUGAUGAACAUUACUAUUUUGCGAACGGCCACCACACAACGGGUCGUUCCACGGCUGCUUCCAACUCCACGGAGGCUGCGAGGGCCGCGCAGGUUGGCAGACGGCGGCCGGACGCGGCGCAUCCGGCGUCGACGCGCGCCCUUCCGGCGGGGGAGGGCCGCCCUCCGCCCUCAUUUGACUCACAAAUGGCGCGGCCCGGCGCCGGGGCGUCGCGACGCCACGCGUGCCCCCCCCCUCCUCCUCCUCCCUCGCCGCUCACUCCUGCCCACGGCGUGCGACGCGCGCUUCCGGCCGCGUUAGUGACACUUCGCGCCGCCACCCCGCCUCCGCAGCGUCCCCACUGUAGCUGUAGUGCAACGGCUCGGAGCGCCGGAGAACCCCAGUCUUACUCGGAGGGCCCCUCUUUACGGCACAGCGGCGUCAACCAGCUGGGCGGCGUGUUCGUGGGCGGCCGGCCGCUGCCGGACUCGACCCGCCAGAAGAUCGUCGAGCUGGCGCACUCGGGGGCGCGGCCCUGCGACAUCUCGCGCAUCUUGCAGGUCUCCAACGGCUGCGUCUCCAAGAUCCUCGGCAGGUACUACGAGACGGGGUCGAUCCGGCCGCGCGCCAUCGGCGGCUCGAAGCCGCGCGUCGCCACGGCCGAGGUGGUCAGCAAGAUCUCGCAGUACAAGCGCGAGUGCCCGUCCAUCUUCGCCUGGGAGAUCCGCGACCGGCUGCUGCAGGAGGGCGUCUGCUCCAACGACAACAUCCCCAGCGUUUCGUCCAUAAACCGCGUGCUGCGCAACCUGGCCUCGCAGAAGGAGCAGCAGCAGCAGCAGCAGCAGCCGCCGCCGCCGCCCCCGCAGGACGCCGUCUACGACAAGCUGCGCGUCCUCAACGGCCAGCCAGCCUGGCCGCGGCCGUCGCCCUCCCCCUGGUACCCAGCCGGGGGGUCGCCGUUCGCGCCCCUGCAGCCCAGCCCGGGGUGCGCCGUGCUGGCUGACCCGGACCUCGACCUCCACACCAAAAAGGGUAGGUCCGCCAACUGCGCAGCUGCACAAGCCCUUCACUAA